AUGUCGUUUACAAGCAAGCCCAUAGAAUGCAAACUUGAAAAUAGUAUAGAAGACAUGUGGACCGGUCGUAGUGUAAUGCCUCGAGCGAAUUCACCAUUUCAUCUUCAAAGAAGAACAAACUCAUCCUUACCGUUUUUUGCACCCUUAGCAGCAGCAGUCAUGCAUUGCAUGAUAACUUGCCAGUUUUCUUAUUUAGCACUUUCGUUAGCAUAG